GCUGGGAUAAUUAGAGAGGAGUUGGGCUGAGCCCAGGCUUCAUUUAGCAGCGGCAACCGGAGCCGCUGCCACCGCCUCCCGGAGGGGCCAGUCUGACCCAUAGAGGCCGGUGCGCUCCUGGCCGCAGCCGCCCCGCCGCGCCCACGGCCCGGGGUCCCUCCAGGCUCACAAAGGCUGCAGCCGCCCUCGUGGCCUUCUCCAUCCCUGCUACCCAGUCACUCUCCUCCUCUUCUCUUCCGGAAGCGAGAAUGUCAGGGCCAGGCGAGGACCUGUGACAGCGGUGGUGGCCCUCUCUCCGCUCCACCCCUACCCCCCCCCUCCUUUGCUGGGAGAGGCUGGCAGAACAUGUGGCCUGGGCUGCCUCCCAGUGCGUUUUCGGUCGGGGUCCCAGCUGUCGCUCAUCUCUGCUCGCUCCAUGCUACCGAGAGGAGUUGAUGUUGCUACAAUCGCCGUGUGGCCUCUGAAUCCGUGGCUGAUGGAUGCCAGGGAGUGCCGCAUUGCUUAGCGUGCCCGCCUUUGGGUUUGCUGGCGCAGUCUUCAGUAGAGACCUCAGAAGCAUCACAGUACUGGGGCUGAGAUGUGCGUGGGGGUUGUUUUCAUCACAUCCUGGAAGAGAAGAGGACUGUACCAGGAUCAGCACCACCCGUGCUGGGUGGGAUUUGGAGUGGUAUAUUAAGAGAGAGAAAGGACAAGAAUUGGAGUGUUGGGCCCAUCAGAAGAGCACCUCCUUCAAAGAAAAGAGAAGAAGGAAUACAAGUGGGGCAUUUGUAUCUAGUGACUGCGAAAAUAAAUUGAUAUCCUUCAUAAAACGCUGUGGCUAAAACUGGCGCAACAGGGUACGUGUCUGUCCACCAAGAUAAAUCAAUUCUGGUGAAGAGGAGGAAGCAGGCAAUUGCAAAAGUCUAGAGUCCAGAGUUUGGUGGUAAUUUGUUCUGGGACAGUCAGCAAGAGGGAGGGGAGAUUCAUAGCAAAGCAGAACAAUGACUCAUUUACAAGCUGGUCUCUCCCCUGAGACCCUGGAGAAGGCUCGCCUGGAACUCAAUGAGAACCCAGACACUCUGCACCAGGACAUCCAGGAGGUGAGAGAUAUGGUCAUCACCAGGCCGGACAUUGGCUUUCUGCGCACAGAUGAUGCUUUCAUUUUACGCUUCUUGCGGGCCAGGAAGUUUCAUCACUUUGAGGCGUUCCGGCUAUUGGCCCAGUACUUUGAGUAUAGGCAGCAGAACUUGGACAUGUUCAAAAGCUUCAAGGCCACUGACCCUGGCAUUAAACAAGCACUGAAGGAUGGUUUCCCGGGGGGCCUGGCCAACUUGGACCACUAUGGCAGGAAGAUUCUAGUCCUAUUUGCUGCUAACUGGGAUCAGAGCAGGUACACACUGGUGGAUAUUUUGCGUGCUAUCUUACUUUCUUUAGAAGCCAUGAUUGAAGAUCCUGAGCUUCAAGUGAACGGAUUUGUUUUGAUUAUAGACUGGAGUAAUUUUACCUUCAAGCAAGCUUCUAAACUCACACCAAGCAUGCUGCGAUUGGCUAUUGAAGGUCUUCAGGACAGUUUUCCAGCACGAUUUGGAGGAAUUCAUUUUGUCAACCAACCUUGGUAUAUCCAUGCCUUGUAUACUGUGAUUCGGCCUUUCCUGAAAGAGAAGACUCGGAAAAGGAUAUUUUUGCAUGGCAAUAAUCUGAAUAGUCUACACCAACUUAUUCAUCCUGAGAUCCUGCCCUCCGAAUUUGGGGGGAUGCUGCCCCCUUAUGACAUGGGAACGUGGGCAAGAACACUGUUAGACCAUGAGUACGAUGAUGACGGUGAAUACAGUGUGGAUUCCUACAGUAUGCCUGUGAAGGAAGUAGAAAAGGAACUCUCCCCCAAGUCCAUGAAGAGAUCCCAGUCAGUAGUGGAUCCUACUGUACUCAAACGCAUGGAUAAAACUGAGGAAGAAAACAUGCAACCUUUACUCUCUCUGGAUUAAUAACUUACUCACCAUGAAUUAGAAUCACAAGGUAUUUGUUUUCAGCAAAGGGACAGCACUGUGGAGAAAUUAUCAGAUGGAAACUUAUUUAUUCAUGUUAAUGUAGCAUACUAUUUAAUAAGGAAUCAGGCUUUCCCAUUUGCCUGAAUAUUGGAUGACCUGGUCUGGAUUAAUGAAAAUCAAUAAUUUAUUCUGUAAGUGCCAAGUUCUUUGUAAAUAUAAUGUAAUCUUUGUGUCAACUUUGUAAAGUUUGGUGACUUACAGUGGAAAAGACUGACUCCUGAGUCUAUGCCAGUGAUAUGAACUAUAACAAAAAAUAUAUUUAAAAAAAGCAAAGAAACAGAAGAAACAUGCAAAUAAACAAAGCUAAUUAAAUAUAACCCUAUUUCCUAUGAAGCCAUAUUUCAGCAAACAUAGUGACUGCUUCAUUGUUUUUCUUUGAAAUUCUGUCAUUUAUCAAAUACACUUUAAAUGGGUACAGCAAGCUUUGAGUCUAGAAAUAAUAAAGGGAAAGGUAUUUCCUAUUUAAUGACUUUCAAUUUACAGAAAGUAUGUUCUAAAACUAUCACUGGCCUUGCAUUUUGGAGACAAAGAAUGGUAGAUGAGCUUGUAAACCAACCACUUGAACUCUUCUGUGUUUAAUUCCUGGAGUCUUGUGAAAAGAUAUGUUUCCCUAAGUAAGAUGUGGGUUUCUGAAAGAAUUUUUUUUUAAGUUGCUGUUUUCAUACUGUGUCCUUAUUCAAGAAUCCAUUGUAUUCUUAUUAUCUUUAAGAACACAAACCCCAAAUGUCUGAAUAAUAGAAAUAAAUCUUAUUUGAAUAGUGUUUUGAGAAGUAAUUUUAAACAUAAAAUUUCCACUUAUAGAUGAGGGGCUAAUUUCUAAUUCUUGUGCAUUGUUUGAAAAAAAUAUAUCUAUAUUCACACACAUAUUUUUACUGAACUCUAUAAAAUCCUUGAUGUGACAGAUUUAUGUAAUAAGUUGUAUUUACAUGUUAAGUGUUUUUAGAAAUGUCGGAUAUCACAUGAGAUACUAACUCUUGAAAAUUGCUUUCACUAAAGUUAAUAAAAAUGAGGUAUAUUGACAUUGAAGGAAAUAUCCAGUGAAUUUAAGAUAAUCCCCAUUUAAUUUGUAAGCACGUCUUGAAUCUGUGCCAUUUUAGUGAAUUACGUUUUCCUUCAAAGAAAUAACCAAUCUCAACACAGAAUAGAUAUCCAGGAGUAAUAUUGUUUUCUCAAAUUGAAAUUAGUAUUCAUAGUUAUCCCAUAUACAUUUGCAUUGUAUUUGCAGAAAAAUAUUGAACAAAUUUACUGUAUCCAGAACACACAAUGGGAUCAUAUGAGGCAUUUUGAGAUAGCAUAUUAUACUAAAUAUACCCUUGAUAUCUGUAUAAGGUUUAAAGAUUUUUAUUUCAUACCAUUUCUAAUGUUAUAACAAAUUUCAAAACUUAAGUUUCAAAUUUCCACCUGGACAAGUAAGACUUUAUCAGAUUUUCAGAGUGAUGAAUUUGGAUAUUGAGAAUUUACCACUAAAAUACUCUUUUGUGGACCAUGGAGAUAGUAACAGAGAUGGAAUAUGAGACAGCCAGGCUUGGGGUGGCCACCUUCAAUAUAGAGCAUCACUAUUAAGUCAUAGCUGAACUGUGCUCUGGUCUCUCUGUAUUGAUCUAUUUGUCAUGAAAAUUAAUAAAUAAAUAUUUAAACAUAUUUUUGAAAUAAAAUAUGACAAGGGGCUCUCUGUAACAAAGGGAAUAAAGGUACAUAGAAGUCUCUGUAUACUUUCAGCCAGAAAUUUUAAAAAUACAGUUAUAACCCUACAGAUAAAAAUCUUAAAAUCAAGAUCAAUACACUAAAUUUUCACUGUAGUUAUAAACUGUAUGAUGUUUGUAAAAAUAAAAAAUAAGGGGCCAGAUGGUAGUACACCUGGUUAAGUGCACAAUUUACAGUGUGCAAAGAUCUGGGUUCAAGCGCCUAGCUCCCACAUGCAGGGGGAAGGCUUUACGAGUGGUGAAGCAGGGCUGCAGGUGUCUCUCUGUCUAUCUCCCUCUCUAUCUCCUCUCCCCUCUCAAUUUAUCUCUGACUCUAUUCAAUAAUAAAUAAAAUUAAAAAAAUAUUUAAAUAAUAAAAAUAAUAUGAAUUGAAGAUCUCUUAAUGCUAACCUGCAAUCAAAUGUAGAAGAAUAAUGACUAUUAGGACUCCUCAUACAUACUCAGACACUUGAUAAAUUGGGAAGAAAAAGUCAUGAUAAAUAAUAUCUUUGUAAAAAUGUUAGCUAUUGGUGGUGUUCUUGAACUUUUCUGCUUACCUAACAUACAUUCUAUAGUUGUGGGCUUUAUAUACAAUAGAAGCAAUAUUAGUCAAUAUGAUGUAGUAAUCAACUUUUCAUUCUCAUGAAGUUCCUUUUUAUUUUAUUACCACUAAGAAUAUCGGUGGAGCUCAGUGUCUGCAUGAUGAAUCCACCACUCCCUACAGCCAUUUAUAAAACAUUUUAUUAGAUAGAGAAGAGAGAAAUUGAGAGAGAAGGAGAUAGAGAGGGAGAGAGAAAGAGAGAGACACCUGCAGUGCUGCUUCACUGCUUGUGGAUUUUCCCCUACCCUUAUGUAAGAAGCGAGGGUUUGAACUCUGGUCCUUGAAUAUAUGUGUGCUUUUAGUCAGGUGCACCAAUUCUAGGCAUUCUUCAUUAACUUCUUUUGAUGAACAACACUUACUGCCAAUUUUAUUAUUCACAAGGUUAAUGCCAGAUAGGAAAUUAUAACUAGAAAGGUGAAUUUUAUGCCUACCCCUCUCUAAUUAUUAUUGACCAAUCACACUGUCUCCCUAUCCCAAAGUUUCAAACUUUGCAUAGGCAUUUUGGGGGUUGACUCUUUUUUCAAAUGAACAAGUGAGAGUUAGAUGAAUUGAGCAAUAUUUUUAGUGACUGAAAGGAUUACAAUAUGAUUCUUUUGACAUUUUUAUAUCUAGUUCAGUCUGAAUAAACGCAAAAUUUCAGCAGUGUUAUGAAAGAUGCUUAGUCAAAGGAUAUUUGAUCCACUUAAAAUUUCACUUCAGCAUCAACUGAUUAGCAGUAUUUAGUUUUUCCCCAUGUGUGUGUAUGUGUGUUAUGUAGAUAUGUCUAUUGUCACAUAACAUUAAAUAAACACCUGAAACGCUUUCAAUUUAA